AGGCUCUCAGGAUUCAUCUCCACAGGCUUUCAGACAAGUAGAAGCCCAAAGUCGCAGUAGAUUUUGUCCCAACGAAACCCUGUAAACCCUAUGUAAGUAGGCAUACGUAUGGUUGAAGAGGAUUCAAAUCUACGUGUAAGUAUGAUCUUGUCGUAGUACAACUACUGCUAAUAAAAAUUGAAAAUUUUUCUUCUAAUUCUCUAUAAUUUGUUCUCUUUCUGUUUCCUUCCAAGGAAUCCUUUUUCCAUAGUACUUAACUUUUUCAACCUCGUUUAUAAUCACUAAGCUUAUUGCAGGGGUUAGUAUCCUAAACGACCUUUAAUCUAGUCCUCUCAUCAUUAAUAUUGCAGACAACAAAAUGACGACAGGAGGUCAGGAAAAGGAGAAGGUCAAGCGGUCGUUUGACUACAGUCGAUUUAACAACAUCGACAUAUCGGAUGAUGAGGAGACCUUCCAUCCGAACAUCGAAAAAAACUUCAACAUCAAAAUUAACAAGCAAGUUCGGGAUCGGAAGGUAUAUUAUUGUUGUACUAUAAGAACUUCUGUAAAAAUAUUAUAUUUUGGUUUUUUGUUUCCUAGUUAGGUGUGCUCCACCGAUAUUAUAUUAGGAUUAUUUCUAUGUUGAUUCCUGAAACAGUUUGUUACUACUUACGACUACUCGUCUUGAAAAUACUAAUAAUUGUGCCUAUAAUUAUAUAUUACCUUUAUUGUUUGAGUUUGGUAGAGCAGAGUGCAGGGGGUACUAUUUUUACGAUAUUACUUGGUACUAUUUUUACGAUACUUACUAUAUCAACAGGACAACCUUCAAGUCCAACAUGGAACCACCUUCCAACAACGACAACCAUCCACCUUCCUCUCAGAUAAACGAAAUGGAUGAAGAGAAGGAGAAGCUCAAGGAAAAGUCAGAUCCUAAGAGCAAAAAGCGACUAGAGGAGCUUGAGAAAAAACAAAUAUGGCACGCAGGGAACAUGUUUGAAGUGAAACAUGAAAAAACACAGAUAGGUACUCUUGUCCUUCAUUUUGUUUUGGAGAGGCCUUGUCCUAAUCCUUGUCGUCUUGAAAAGUAGUAGAAGUAGCGUGUAUCCUCGAAAUAAUCACUGGCAGAAUUCAGUAUUCGAAAAACCAUUACGCUAUUAAUUAAUUUUUUUUGCAUUCUUUCUGUAAGAAAUACCACCACCAAAAACAAAAACAGGUACUUACGGUUCCUCCGAUCCUAAGAAAGACAUCCUACCUGGCAAAGAGGAAGGUGUAAACAGCACUGACGACAUAGAAAAGUACAUGAACUGGAAGACGGACCAUCAGGAGCUCUUAGACGAAUUCGUUGCAGCAGGAGGAAACAUGACUAGGACACAACAGCUGUUGGAGAAAAAAGGAGAUCUUUUAGUGGAUCUACCACAUGCGCAAACGUAACAUUUUCUAAGGCUUCCUAGGCUGUGAACUAACGUUUGUUUUUAAUAGAGGUAUCAGCAUACAACAGAGUGUAUCAGUGUGUAGUGACGAUGUCCCUAUCGGUAUUCCUAUUUUGUUUUAAGGACAGCACUAGCACAAGAUUACUAUACAGUUAUUAAAUGUUAAUUAUACUUACGACUACAUCGACACAUCAAUCAUAUUCACCAUAUUGAUCUUCAAAUUCAGGUACCUCUUACUCACCUGCCUCGAAUACGAAAUGGCUGGGAAUAGGAAAAAAAUGUAUCAGUGUGCGCAACAAAGUCAACUGUUGACGCAUAUAAAAGAGCUAGCUAAAAGUUUUGGGAGACCGCCAAGGGAUAUAGUAACAAGGUGGUUCGAUAAGAUUGCUGAUAACGACGACGCCAAAAAAAUAUGGGAGAACGACGUAGAUGGCUUUGCGGAGAAAGUACUUAUUUAUUCUUACUUACACCUAGACCACAACGGUUUAUUUUUGUUUCCUAGAAGAGUGACCAUGAUGGGGCUUCAACAUACUGCAAUCGCAUUUGCUGGAACCGCUUUAGGGCUCGGGGACACAUUCAUCUAGGUCUCUUUUCUAAAUGUAGGACAACCUGAGUACUAGCCUUGUAAAGACUCCUAAAAAAUGUCCUCACUCUUACACCUUCAACUACAGGUUAAGGCCCGAGCCAUAGAGAAAAAGAAGGAGCAGGAGGAAGAAGCGAAGCGGAAGAAGGAAGCUGAAACAAAUUAUGUAGCAGAACACUACUGGAAGAGAAAAGAGGAGGUCGACGAAGACGACGAGGACGAAGAACGAGGUGAAGCAGUUCCUCUCGUGCAGGCAAUGAAGCAAAUGACAAAAGAGGAACGACUAAAAAUGGCGCCAGGCGGGAUCGACCCAUUAGAAGUCUUCGAAAGUACUACUAUUUUAUGACUAUUAUAGUUCUUAGGAUGAUGACUACCAGUAUCACGCAUUAGCAAUGUUGUAUACCUGACUCUCCAUCUCCAUCAUACUACCAGUAUCACGCAUUGGUAAUGUUGUAUACCUGACUCUCCAUCAUCAAGAACAUAAACCUCACUCUUCCUACUUUACCACCUUCACGUUCUUCAAAAACUUGCAAAACUUCCACCUUCACCAUCACCUUCUUCAAAAACAUUAACACCUCAGACUUACCAGCCGAAAUGCGAGAGUGUUUUGAGAGUCAAGAGGUCGGACGGUUAGUGGAAUUGCAGAAAACAAUGGACCCUCGUAUCUUUAAUCCGGCGUUGAUGCAGUGUAUACAAGCGGGGUUGUGGCAUCAACCAGAUAUGGACGAUGAUGAAGAGGAAGUGAAUGGGGAAAACGAUGAAGAAGUUGAAGAGUAACUGCUUGCCGACCCUCCUCCUUCUUCUAAAGGUCGGUGAACAAAUCAGUAACGACCCAUAAUAUCUUCACACUUAUCGUCGACGUCAUUCAUCCUCAUACUGAUACUUAUCCAUCCUAGCACAUCCUCUGAAUUUCAAAGUGAACUUGGGAAAAGGAAAUCAAAGGGAAAUUCUUGAUGUUGCUCCCUGAUAAUGAUUACUCCUCUAUUUGACGAAUCAAUGUACGAGGACUGACCUCAGCGGCAAAGACUGAAAAACUGUAACCUCCUCUCUCUCAGAUGUACAACUUGUUGUGGCGCCCACAAAGACAAUUUUCCCACAACGACGUCAUUUUGCUCACACCAUAUCACUGGAAAAGCAUACUGCUCAUAUCACUAUGGAUACUUCUGUUAUAUAUCACUGGAUGCUUUGAUAACAGAAGUAUCACUGUAAAAGUGAUACUCACCAUCAAAUAGACAACGUGCAGGAGGAGCUUCCUGAGAGCUGCAGGUCCAGUGUCCACUCCAUGAGUUAAGCUGCUAAGUGCAUCCACUUGUACUAAGUGCAUCCACUUGUACUUCACGGAAUUUCGACAAGAAAACUAGAUCUUAACCCCUGGAGUGGGUACAUUCAUUCAUUCAUUCAAUCGUUUAACGAUCCUACGGCUCAACAGAUCUUCAUUUUCAAGAAUAAAUGAGAAAUACCGAUCGAGUUCUUCAUUCUGACAGAUCAAAUUCAAAAAUUGAAACAAGGAUCACACUGACUCCUGUAGAUGACCACUGCAAAUCUCCUUUGUCAUAGAAGAAAAAAAAAAACAGGACAA